AUGCAGCGUUGUCUGCGUCGUCUCUAUUCCGCCAUCCCAGAUGCUGCUGCCACAGCGAGAACGGCGUCCACCCCGCUCGCUGUCCGCCGCCGUCGACUCCGAAAGCAGCCCGCUGUAGGCACUAACGAGUCUGACGCGACCCCCGAUGGUCUCACACCGACCGAAUUCGCGCGUUACCAACGCGCCUUGGCCAAGGGCGAACUGAUGGGCGAGGACGGGCUGUCACCGACAGAGGCAGAGUGGUUGGAGAAGCUGAACGGUCGUCGGAGUCGCAUGCGCGGUGUGCGCCAGCUGCUGAAUGAGGACGGCGAGAAGGAGGUGCGGGUCGUCGGCCAGAAGAUAUACCUUCCCAACAUUAUCUUCCGCCUCGUGCGCAACCACACCCCGGCCGGCCAGCCGUACAACCCGUACGAAGCGACGUUCCGCAUUUCCCAGUCCGUCACCAAGACCGACGUCCGCUCCUACCUCCAGGCCGUCUACGGCGUCAAGACAACCUACAUCCGCACCGACAACUACCUCUCACCGUACACACGCGACCCCGCCGAUUUUUCCUUUUCCGUAAAAAAGGUGUACAAGACGUACAAGCGCGCGGUGGUCGGCCUGGUUGAGCCAUUCUAUUAUCCGCAAGCCAAGGAGGAUAUGAAUGCUGCCGAUCGAGAAAAGCGGGAGAAAUGGCUCGAAGAAAACUUUGGGAUGAAACUGCUCGAAGAUGCUCGCACGCUCGAGCUCCUUCGCCGCACCCGAGGGUCCGGGUCGAAGUUCAGAUGGCGAACUGGGGUGACGGCGCAGAGGGGGAAUAUCCUGCGCAUCAUCUCUCAGCGGCGGGCCGCGAGGGAGCUGGCUAUCGCAGAUACAAAGGAGCGGAUGAGAGAGAGCAGACAGACUGCAGAAGCGGUCACGGCGAGCUAA